AUGAGCGAGAUCGCAAACAAGAACGAGGAGCGGUCCAGCGAGAGCCAGACCAGCGGCUCUCUGGCAGACCUCAGAGACGAUGUCGGCACCCCCCGGGAAGGUGCGGCGUUCUACCCGGCCAUCGACAACGAGCAUGCAGCAGCACUGGAAGAUCACAAUCUGCAACAGCCCUCGACUCCCAUCUCUACCCCGUCGCAUUUGCGCGAAGUCCAGCAGCCCGCUGUUAACCGAGAAGCGCACACCGAGAGCGAUCCGGGCUUCGGAGAUGCCGCCAGCAACGGAGCAGAAUCCAACGCAUCCACCGACGGCGAGCGUGCAGCUGCGUGGCGCCGUGACAGUUUGCCGAAGCAGCCCUUCGCCCCCGUCCUCUCGGCUGCACCGUGGUCCAUUCCGAGCAGGAGGGCAAGGUCCAAACCGUCCGACAGGACAACUUGCUGGGCACCUCUUUCUUCUUCAAGCUCAGCGUGCCCGCUCUGCACCACCGUGACACCAGGAACGGGCCGCAAGCGCUUCGCAGCAGCCAUGGGCCAUGGGAUAGAGGUCAGACACCUCACGCCCCAUCGGAACUACGGAUCCUAUCCGGAAUGGCCGACCGCAGCCCCUCUUCUCCACGGCCAGCUUCACCUGGAAGAAGUGAUGGCGGAGGGGAGACCAUGCAAACCGUACUUGGAUCUGGAAAGGGACGAUGGGCUGCCGCCCGGGGAGGAUCUCUCGACGGUCAUCGCCCGCAUCCGGGAGGGGGUCAAGGAGGUGUUCGACCAGGACUACGACGUGCAACUGGCCGACGAUGACUUCAACUGGUUGCAUUGCGAUUACGGUCCAAAGGGCAAGUUCUCCCUCCAUCUCAUCGUAUCGACUCACGGCCCGCAAUUCGUCUAUCGGUCGAACCUAGUGCCGCCUGCUGAUCCUCAGGGGGCCGGCCAUCUCGCAAGGCGCCUGGCAAAGAUCCUGGCCGCUCACUUGGCCGAGCUCAUCGACCAGAGCGUGUUCACGCGGAACCGGGGGAUGCGUCUGCCAUUCUGCUCGAAACCAAAGACACCGGGCAACCCGCUCAUCCCGAUAGACCCGAACAAGCCUUUGGCGGACUCCGACACGUGCUUCAUCCCCGUGCCAAUCUUGGUCCCGGAUGCGGUCCGGGAGAACCGUCCACGGCGCACGCCUGCAGAUAUGACGUACGUCAACCCACAAGUGGCGUCGAGCUUUCACGUUCAGCGCUGCUUGGAACUCCUUCAAGAGAGGUUGCACCCUACCGCUUACAAAAGGGGUUCCUCCGCAGCGCUGAGCUUCAGCUGGACGGACAGGCUCGGAGAGCCUUGCUACACGAAUCACAUCCACUCGGGGGACCGAGACAUUAUCUGCAUCAUCGACGAGCCUGGGAACGCUGUGCUGGCGAAGUGCUGCAGCGAGCGCAUCGAUCCGGGCACGGGUGUCUGCUGCAAGGACCAAAAGGCCUUCUACCUGGGGCCCCUCCAUGUCGACGUGGAGAGCUGGCGGGCCGGCGCAGUGGAGAUCGACAUGCGGUUCCUAGAGCGGGAUGCUCUUUCGGCGGCCGACAUGGACUUGUGCCUCAUCAAGGCCGGUGUGAAGCCGCUGACUGACAAGAUGUCCUUGAACGUCAUCCUCAACAGGUGGCAGGCCGGGAAAUUGAAGACCCUCCUUCUGAAGAGCCCUAUGGGCACCGGCAAGUCGACUCUCCUCCGAGCGUUGAUGUCGGAACAGCCUCGAACACGGACGGCCCUCAUGAUCACGUAUCGGCAGACGCAGGCCAGUGACGCGCAUGGCAAGAAUGCCGACUUCUUCCAGUAUGACCAUCUUGUCAGGCCGUGUCGUCGAUGA